CAAUUGUUUUUCUUCUGUCUUGGAAUUCUUCUGUUUUCAACAUUUUUACUGAUUACUGGGCGGCCGGCGGGAGAUUCUGGCCGUCGCCAUCACUUUCAGCUCGGAGUUUGUUUUAUUUUGUUUGAUGAAUAUGGAUAAAUGUUUGGGGUUGGUGUUGAUUUGUGAGUUUGACUUCUAAUUUGGUGUACGAAUUUGGGGAUUCUGCGAUUCGACGUCUUACCAUAAAGAAAGCAAUAUGUUUUAACAACUGGUCUUUAAAGGUUUCUGAGACCUAAAAUAUCUGACUAGAAGUUCAUAGAAACGUACAAUACCAACCGCUAGUAGCGAAGAUCUUCCGGCCGUGGGCUCAUUUCUUACUAGAUGCAAGCAUCUCCGAAUCGUCAGUCUUCAUCUGUGAUCCAUGAGAUGUAUCACCAGUCUGUGCAAGGGAUGGAUUCUUUCUAUUUAUCUCAUUUCCACGUCUUGGAAAACAAUGCCUCUCCCGAUGCAAGCAGUCAGGGAAACAGUGUUAUUUCUUCUUCCUAUAAGGAUCAGUUCUUUACUCUCGAAUCGUUCCCGGCUACUGCUUAUCUGAGCGCCUGUAAUUCCCCUUCUGCUGUUAGUGUUCUGUCUUCCAGGAGCCCCUUCUCACCUCAAGGGUCUCAAACUUGCUCUUCUGAUCAACAUCAUUCCUUUGACAACACAUGUGGAUCGCCGCAAAGUGGAUGCUCGGUAACUGAUGAUGAUUAUGAAUUAAAGCACAAGCUGAAGGAAUUAGAGAUUUCUUUGUUGGGGCCAGAAACUGAUAUUGUGAAUAGCUGCUACUGUUCUUUCAGGGGUGGGGAGAACCGAGAUGCUUCAAUGGCAAGGUGGAACUGGAAUCAAAUGAUCGAAACAAUUCCUAGACUAAGUCUUCGAGACACACUUAUCCGGUGUGCUCAAGCAAUUCAUGAGGCUGAUUUAAAUGCGGCGACAUCGUUUAUGGAUGUUUUGGGGCAAAUGGUUUCGGUCUCUGGUGAUCCAGCCCAGAGGUUGGGAGCUUACUUGUUGGAAGGGCUCAGAGCGAGGUUGGAGCGAUCUGGAAGUGCAAUAUACAAGGCCCUAAAGUGCGAAGAGCCGUCAAGCUCUGAACUUAUGUCCUAUAUGUCUAUUCUAUUCCAGAUAUGCCCAUACUUCAAAUUUGCUUACACAUCUGCAAAUGCUUUCAUUUGGGAGGCUAUGGUAAAUGAACCCGUAAUCCACAUCAUUGAUUUUCAAAUUGCACAGGGUAGUCAGUAUAUACCUCUCAUUGAGGAUCUUGCCAGUCGACCUGGUGGACCCCCAGUUCUUCGCAUUACGGGUGUGGAUGAUUCCCAAUCAGCUCAUGCUCGGGGAGGGGGACUUCAAAUUGUGGGACAGAAGCUAGCUCUACUGGCUCAGUCUAAAGGAAUUCCCUUCCAAUUUCAUGCUGCUGCAAUGUCUGGUUGCAAGGUCGAGCACAGUGAUCUUAGAAUACGACCUGAAGAAGCCUUGGCUGUAAAUUUUCCAUAUGCCUUGCACCACAUGCCAGAUGAGAGCGUGAGCACACAGAACCAUCGAGAUCGUCUUCUAAGGCUGGUUAAGAGUCUAUCACCGAAGGUAGUAACUAUUGUUGAGCAGGAAUCCAACACCAACACAUCCCCGUUCUUUUUACGUUUUAUAGAGACGCUGGACUAUUAUACUGCUAUGUUCGAGUCAAUAGACGUAGCUCGUUCAAGAGACGACAAGCAACGAAUCAGGGCAGAGCAGCACUGUGUUGCCCGAGACAUAGUGAACAUGGUAGCAUGUGAGGGAUUUGAAAGAGUAGAACGUCAUGAACUCCAUGGGAAGUGGAUGAUGAGAAUGAAAAUGGCUGGCUUUACUCAAUAUCCAAUGAGCUCCUCUGUAACUGGAGCCGUCAAGAAUUUGUUGAGGGAUUACAACGAGAACUACAGACUCCUAGAAGCGGAAGGAGCUCUCAACCUUGGCUGGAAAAACCGAGCAAUGGCAACCUCCUCGGCAUGGAGAUGAUAUCCAGAAACUGUGAAUCCAAUUGCUUAUUAGAUAGAUGGUGGAAAAUACCUCUCUCGAGCUCUUUCUUUACAACAUUUUAGAGCAUUGAACGAUGAUGACCCCUUUAGAUUUAUAGAGAAUGUGAGGUCUUCAACGCUCUUACUGUUUGUAGAACAGAGAGACAGGAACCCAAAUCAUCGAACUUGCUGUAAAUUUUCAAACGUUGGUGAAAGAAUUUUGUCCUCGAGUCUU